GAGGAUGGGCUUUAGUGGCCUUUGUACGCCUUCCUUCAAGAAUAGUAAGCUUGACGCCUAAGGUGGUCUACAUGAUCCUCCUUCCCAUUUUAUCUUCACAACAGCUCUGUGAGGCUUGGGACUAUGAGAAUUAACCAGAAUACUGCAUUGCAAGGAAAUAAAGUAACCCUGGUACCGUACACCUCUCUUCAUGUGCCCAGGUACCAUGAAUGGAUGAAGUCUGAAGAGCUGCAGCGUCUGACUGCAUCUGAGCCACUAAGCCUUGAACAGGAAUAUGAAAUGCAGUGCAGUUGGCGGGAAGAUGCAGACAAAUGCACGUUUAUUGUGCUGGAUACAGAUAAGUGGUCUAGGAAGACAGCUACAGAGCAAGACUGCAUGGUGGGAGAUGUGAACUUGUUUCUCACAGAUUCUGAAGAUCCAACGGUGGGAGAGAUUGAAAUCAUGAUUGCAGAGGGCAGCUGUCGUGGCAAAGGGUUUGGCAAGGAAGCCACUCUGAUCAUGAUGUCAUAUGGAAUGACACAUCUUGGACUCACCACCUUUGAAGCUAAAAUUGGAUUGGAAAAUGAAGCCAGUAUCGGCAUGUUCAAAAAGAUUCAUUUUAAAGAGGUAGGAGUAAAUAAUAUCUUCCGAGAAGUGACUCUGAGAAUGAUUGUGGAUGAACAAGAGAGGCAGUGGCUGCUUGAGCAAACCAGCCAUGUCGAUGAAAAGAAUUACAAUGUCAUGAAGCUGCAGAAUCAGGUUUGUGACAGUUGACAUCACUGAGCUCCUUUUAUCUAAACACUGGAAGAAUUGACUCUCUUCAUCCAAACUCUCAAUCACGGCCUGGCUCAGGAGCAGUAAUGACAUCUGGAGUAGAAAAUGUUGCGGGGUGUCUACUGGAUCAGAAUUCAAACUGCCCAACAUAUUUUGUUUACAUCUUUAAAACGUCCAACAUCGCAUGUGACUACAAUAAACUGCAUCAUCACAGUGAAAAAAGAAUCUUCAGCAUCGAAGCUGGGUGUUAUCUAUAGUUGCUGCUAACACAAAUGCCAGAGUAUGACAAUAUUGCUUAUGGGACUUCUUUUAUUAAAGUCUUCCACCCCCAACAUGCAAA